UCCCGCCUCCCGUAGGGCUAAUCGCCUCGGUCAACUGAUACACCUGCUCAGCCUUUUCACUACGGCCACGGUUUUUACACAUCUAUCCCCCUGUAAGUAGAUAGAAAAAUGGACGAUUUUGACAUGCUGAACGCACCUGCCGCCGGCAAUGGCGUCGGUUCAGAAGAGGACCCCGCCGCGGCGUUUCUAGCCCAGCAGGAAAGCGAGAUCGCGGGGAUUGAAAACGACGAAGGCUUCAGCAUCCUGGACGGCGGAGAGGUCCCCUCGUCACUGGGAGACACCAACGAUGGUGCUGUCAACGGAGAGCUUCAUGGGGAAAGCAACGGUCCAUCAGACGCUUAUGCAGCCAUCUCCAAUGCAGACCGGCUGCAGGCUGAACCUGAAAGCCUGCGAAAGUGGAGGGAAGAGCAGAAAGACAGGCUGGAGAUGCUCGACGCUAACUCUCGCAAGCAGGAGUCGGAGUGGAAGGAGAAGGCCAAAGUGGAGCUGGAGGAGUGGCACACUAGGCAGAACGAACAGCUGGAGAAGACCAAAGUCAAUAACAGGGUGCUGGACGAAGACUUCUACAAGCAGCCCUUCUCUGAGCUCAUUGGUUAUGUCACACACAUUAACCAUCCUUGCUACCGCCUAGACCAGGCGGCUGAGGAGGCCAUGAUCUCAGAUCUAGAUGAGAACAACCCCGGCACAGAGUGGGAGCGGGUGGCUCGGCUCUGUGACUUCAACCCCAAGUCCAGCAAGCAGGCCAAAGACGUGUCCCGCAUGCGCUCCGUCCUCAUCUCCCUGAAGCAGUCCCCACUGGUCCGCUAGGUAGCCAAGGCCGGCCAGGACCAUCCUUCCAUAUCAUCCUGUAUCACCACAUACCGACCAACCCGUUUACCCCCGUCUGUAUUCUUGAGGACAAGGGGUCUUGCCUCCCCCAUCUGUUCACAUCCUAUUACCAUGCACCGCUCUGUUGUGUUUCUGAAUGUAAGGAUAUAUCCCUUAGCCCCGCCUCCACCUGUCUCUCCCUGGCAGUGCUGUAGAGAUUAGCCUUUAAGCCCCAACUCACCAUCUUGUGCUCCCCUUGAGGGUCUCUACCUGUGUGCACUUCCUCCAUGGACCAGUAAAGACCUUGCAGUUCUUUUUCCCUGUUGUUAAAUGUCAAGGCCAGUUAGCUCCACAUCAGGUCUUGUGGUCUGUUGUCUAGUGUUACACCCCUCCUAAGGGUAAGGAUGGAGAGUUGGGACACUCAAAGGGAAGGGUUGAUGGGUGUUUGGGUACAAAAUGACUCCCUGCAUCCCUGGGCCUAAAACUACACUACAACCCGCCUCACAGGGCAGCCAAACAGCAUCAUUCUCACAUCAUACUCUGACCCUUAACUUGACAUCCUCUGAUCCCACCCCUGACCUCCUGGGGUCCAUCGAUGUUGUUGAAUGGUUUUACCCUUCCUCAGCCCUCCAUCACCUUGUGUUUUUUUUUUCCAUCAUAACAAAAAAGAGAGUAUAUACAGAUUUUUUUGGUUUGUUUUGUUGUUAUUUUUAUGGACCAAACUCUGUAAAAUGAAACUCCCAGUUCAGUGUGUGUACUUUGAAUCUUGUAUGUAGAGCCGGCUUGUGGCAUAUGGUGUUAAAUUUUUCAAUCUAUGCAUUUCCUUUUGAAAAGCCUCUCCCCUCUCCAUUCAGGAAAUGAACAAAGUCCAGUCAUUACAAUAAUAGUGACCUGUUUGUAUGUGUGUUAAACUACAAUGGUGUGUGUAUGUACUCUAUGCGUGUACCUAUGUACAUAUACAGAAGGCAAUAUAUAUAUAAAUAUAUAAAUACAGUACACAAAAACAUUUGUCAUUGAAACUAGACAACUGUGGUUUUAAAGAACUAGAUGUUAGCCAAGUGUUGCUUGAUCAUGCGUGUUCAUCGUCCAUUUGAUUUCAAUAUCAGUAAAAAGUGAAUGAAACUUAA